CUCAGUACAGCUGUGGCUCAGUACCAGACCCUGACCAGCUGGGAUCUCAACCCUUCCAGAGUCAAGAGGAGGAUUGUGUGAAAGCUCUUCAACACUCUUAUUCACUCUGCAUUAGCUGAAUUACACUGACUCUAACUACAACUGCCAAGGCUACUGGUGGAGCUGAGGAAAUCCUUUUUUGAGAUGGCUAUGGCACCUCGGGCCCUGGCACUUCUGCUGCCCCUGGUGCUCAUCCUGCUGAGCCCGGCACCGACUCCCACCCUGGGCGGAUGCCCAUCGGCUUGCCGGUGCUCUUUUGCCAUGCUGCAGUGCCUGGAACCUAAUGGCAUAACCAGCAUCCCGCCGCUUGCUUUGCAAGAGAGCGAGAACGUGACAGAGAUUUACAUAGAAAACCAAACCGGCCUGGAGAACAUAACAGAAGUCGACCUUAUCUUCUACAGAGAGCUGAAAAACCUCACAGUCACAUUUUGCAAGCUGAGGUUCAUCUCUGCCUACGCCUUCCAAAACAACCUCAAGCUUCAGUAUGUAAACUUGGCAUCAAACUCUCUGGAGCACAUCAGCUGGAAGGUGUUUCAUUUUCUGCCUCUGCUUAACCUCGUUUUGAGAGACAACCCUCUCAUUUGCUCAUGUGAGCUCUACUGGCUGAAGCAGUGGCAAGAGCGCGGUGACCUGGAUAACCAAAUGUUGUCUUGCUUGUCCGAUGGCGAGAAAAUAUCCCUUUUCAAUUUGAUGAUAGAAAACUGCAGCCUGCCUGAGGUGAAGAUUACCGCCUCACAGGAUAAGAUUCUGGAAGGAGGCAACCUUACAUUCGUAUGUGAGGUGGAAGGAAGUCCCACUCUCACCGUGAGAUGGCAGACCGAGGCCCUCCACUCUCACUUUUUUACCAAGCUGCAGGAGAGCAGAGACUCUGCGCUGGAGCUGGUCCUUUACCUCACCAACGUUUCCUCCAAGGACAACCUACACAACCUGACUUGCGAGGCCGAGAACCAAGCUGGGCCAGGGGAGAGGAUGGUGCAAUUGGACAUUGAGUUUCCAGUCAGAAUAAUCUUCCUGAAUAAUGCUGUGCCGCAGCACCACUGGUGUUUUCCGUUUGCUGUGGACGGCAAUCCCGAACCAAACAUCACCUGGCUUUACAACGGCAAGAAAUUAAACGAGACCAGAUACAUAUACACGCAGCCCAUCGUAGAUUCAGGCGAUGGAUCGGAGAAGCACGGCUGUCUCUUCCUUGACAAGCCAACCCACGUCAACAAUGGCAACUACACUCUGAUUGUGGAGAACAAACUGGGAAGAGAUGAGGCCACCGCACUUGGGUUUUUCAUGCACAACCCCUUUGACAAUUUUGAGGGGGUAAUUCCAUACGUCGUGGGUCAAAGUCCUACAAACAAAUCAGACAUGGACGUCACAGAAAACCCGGAGAGUCGGAUGUAUUUGGUGUAUGUGGCCGUGGGUCUCGGUGUGUUUGCUUGCAAACUUCUGCUCAUCAUGGUUUUGGUUGUCUACAAAUGUGGCCAUCAUUCCAAGUUUGGAAUUCACAGAUCAUCAGUUCUGGGGAAGGAGGAUGACCUGGCCGUGUCACUGCGCUUCAUGAACUUUGGUACCAGCCCGCCUUCCUCCGAUGAAGACUCUGGCUUGUCUAGCUUCGUAGAGAAUCCACAGUACUUCUGCAGCAUAAUCAAAGACAAAGACAUGUGUGUCCAGCAUAUUAAAAGGCAGGAUAUUGUUCUGAAGUGGGAGCUGGGGGAAGGAGCGUUUGGCAAAGUCUACCUGGCAGAGUGUGCAAACCUCAGCCCCGACAACGACAAGAUGCUCGUAGCCAUCAAGACUCUGAAGGACGCAAAUGAGUCCACCCGGCAGGACUUCCAGCGGGAGGCGGAGCUGCUGACGGUGCUCCAACACCAGCACAUUGUGCGGUUCUACGGCGUCUGUACCGACGGAGAGCCGCUGGCCAUGGUGUUUGAAUACAUGAGGCACGGAGACCUGAACCGCUUUCUUCGAGCUCACGGCCCUGACGCUCACAUCCUGGACGAGUCCAAGAUGCCCCCGCUGGGUGAGCUCACUCUCCCUCAGAUGCUGCACAUCGCUGCUCAGAUUGCCUCAGGCAUGGUCUACCUCGCAUCGCUGCACUUCGUUCACCGUGACCUGGCAACUCGCAACUGUCUGGUUGGAGAGGGUCUGGUGGUCAAAAUCGGAGACUUCGGCAUGUCCAGAGACAUCUACAGCACAGAUUACUAUCGGGUGGGUGGACGUACAAUGCUCCCAAUCCGCUGGAUGCCCCCUGAGAGCAUCAUGUACAGGAAGUUCACGACGGAGAGCGACAUCUGGAGCUUUGGCGUGGUCCUCUGGGAGAUCUUCACCUAUGGGAAACAGCCAUGGUAUCAGCUGUCCAAUAGCGAGGCCAUUGAAUGCAUCACGCAGGGACGGGAACUGGAGAGGCCACGCACCUGCCCGAAGGAGGUCUACUUGCUGAUGCAGGGCUGCUGGCAGAGAGAGCCCCAGCAGAGGAUGGUCAUGAAGGACAUCCACAGCCGUCUGCUGGCCCUGGUCAAGAACCCCCCGGUUUACCUGGAUAUCCUGGGCUAGAAGGGCCGAGGGCCAACCAGGCUGGGGAGGUUGGAUUUUUGAUUUGAGAUAUAAAACUUUAGUCUGUUACUCAUUUAAGUUCAACUGCAUUCUGCUUUUCCAGCUGUGAUGCUUCGUGGGCAGUAACAUCUGCUUUGACCUUUUUGGCUGCAGUUUUGCCUCAUUCUAGCUCGACUUUGACCCCUUAACUGGUUACUGCCCCGUCCUUCUCUGGAAACCUGUCACAUGUUUACCAAAGUGUUUAAUGUUUAUCUGAGGUGGGAUCAGUCUGAUGGAGGAGCGUGCAUGGAUAAGAACUAAAAUAACUGCAUAGGCUCUUGCUGGGAAUCUACUGCCACGUGGUGUCUGGAGUCCCUUCAUCAGCUGAGCUGCGACACAUUUUAAAUGACUUUUAGCUGACGUGCUUGUGUUGGUUUAGAAAGCAAAAACUCGUUUUACAGAUCUUAGUACAGCAGAUAGUCAUUUGUAUAGUACCGUCACUGAUUUUGGAUAAGUUUUGAUAUAGAGGGUUAUUAAGAAAACAAAGAAAAAAAGCUUUCAUUGAUGUAUAUAAGAUAGUCACAGCCAAACUUUGUUUCUCACGUGUCAGAUUGAGUGUAUCAUAUGAAUAUUUUUCAGAAAAAAAAAGAAGAACAAGAUGUCAGACGUUAGCAGUGAAAACGUUUCCUGGUAUAUCAACGACUGUGUUUACAUUUAAUUACUGUCAAAUAUGAACUUCCAAAGAGCGACUUUUCAGCCUGCGGCCGCUAUUGAGACUCGCUCAGGAGCGGAUUUUGGACAGAUCAGCCAUGUUUAACAUGCUACUGUAACGACCUUCAGAAUCAAAGUGCUGCAGUGAAAUUUGGUAAGGGGGCAAGCUGGUGGGGAGGUGACACCCCGAGAGGUAACAGAUGGGUUAAAGCGAGACUCCAGGAGGAGGAGGACAGAUGGCACUGAAAGUGAAACUGGAGGUGAACCCACCACCGUAACAUUUGUCAUUCCACCAAAUGGGGCAUUGAGAGGGUGAAAGA